CAAAGUUUGUUUCGCGGAUGUCAACCUCAAGUACACAGGAUUCUCAUCUUUUAUCUCUACCAAAAUUCUCCUUAUCGCUCCGCACGCACCCGCAACCCCAGAGUCCAGAUGCAUAGGGCCAGUGGGGUAACUGGCUCAUCAAAACCAAGAUACCUAGUAUUGAUUACCCUAUAAAGUGCAUGAAUUACCCUAUAAAUUCUCGAUAAGGAACAGGCGACCACGUAGGUACCGCAGAAUGACACAAGCAUGAGACCCAGUGCUCGAAAAAACAGUCCCUGGUUUGCAUUUCCCGAUGCGGUUAUCAGCGGCGGUAUACGUUCUGCCGGGCGUUACCGCCCUGGAUGGCGUUAUGCUUUUGGCGGGUUUGCCUAUCACAAGACGCAAACCAGUCGUUUGUACAGGGGAGCUUGUCAAAAAGUUACCCAUCCGAUUACAGCUCGGCGCAACGGUGGGGAUGGUGUUGGGCCCGGGAAAGUUGCGGAGUCAAAGAGGAGAUCCCCGACGGAAAGGGAAACUAAAAAGUAUA